AUGAUUAAUUGGUUGUUUUUCAACAUUCUCUUUGUGGGAAUUUAUGCACAAACUGAUGAUGGCUGUGCACAAAAAAUAUCAGAUAAUCACUGUAUCUCAUGUAAAAACGGUUAUUACCUUGAAUUGGUUGUAGAAUCUGGAUCAGCAAUUCCAAAACUUAUAUGUAAGAAGUCAGAACCAAUUUCAAAUUGUGCUGAUUCAGAUGGACCUGUAUGUGUGAGAUGCAACGAUGGUUUUUAUGUAGAUGAAAGUGGUACUUGUAAGUCUUGUAAUAAUGAAAGUACUAAUGAAAAUAUUAAAUGUUUACAUUGUAAUAGCACUCACUGUUAUGAAUGUGGUAAAACCAGUGAUGGUAAACAACUGUAUCUAUCUAAUGAUCAAACAACGUGUAUUGAUUGCUCACUUGCUGAGAAUAAUGAGGCUUGUGGAAGAUGUGGUAAUGGAAAAUAUUUUGAUGUAGAUUCAAAGACUUGUCAGAGUUGUUCUGCUAAUUGUGAAUUGUGUACUGAGAAAAAUAAUUGUUUCCAAUGUACUAACAAAUCAAUAUUAGUCAAUGACUCCUCAAAAUAUUGGUGCGAGCCAAUUAAACAUUGCAAAGAUGACUAUCUUAAGGAAGAUCAUUGUGAACUUUGUGAAGAUGGGUAUAGAAUAGAAAAAGGUGAUUGUGUUCCAUGUGAAGAUAAGAAUUGUAAGACAUGUUACCAAGAAGAUAAUUUGUCAGUAUGUACAAUUUGUAAUGAGAAUUUCAUUGUUCAUAAAGGUAAAUGUUAUGACAAAAAGGAUUUACAUUGUGCUGAAGGAACAUCCACAUACGGUUGUUUAGAGUGUGAUCCUGGUUACUUCUUUACUGAAGAACUUGAUUGUAUAGAAUGUUCAAAAAGCUGUGGAACUUGUGUUCAAAAUGCAAGUCAUUGUUUGUCAUGUGCUGAUGGCUAUUAUUUCUCAAAGGAUAAUAGUGAGUGUAUCGAAAAAGAUGGUGAUUGUUCAUUGGCUGAUCAAGCAGGAUGUAAAGAAUGUUUUAAUGAUCUUAGUGAGGAAGGUUUAAAAAAACCUGGAUAUUUUGUUAGAAAAGGUGAACAAAUAUGUAGUCAAUGUAAUAAAUAUUGUAAACUUUGUGAUGGUGAAGAAUAUAAUUGCUCUGCAUGUAUUAAUGAUUAUGUUCUAGCCAAAAACACAACUUCAAAUGACAAUGACGAUAUGUAUUAUUGUGAACAAAAACCAAGCUCAUGUAAACUAGUAGUCAGAGUUGUUUAA